UUGUUCCCGCAGAGAGGCGAGAAGAUGGCGGCCGUGUCAAGCGGAGGUGCUGCUGGGUCCGCAGCGGCCGGGAUUACGCACUCUGCCCGACCGGCCCACGCAGGUAUGGGCUCGCAGAACCGAGCCCAGCCAUCCUCCGGGAUCAGCCACUCUGGUCGUACCAGCACAGCCACUGGGUGCAUCACAAAUCCUGGCCACACUUCGGUCACCAGGCCACCCUCAGCCCGAGUGGGCCACUACGAAAUCGAGCGGACCAUCGGCAAGGGAAAUUUCGCGGUUGUUAAACUAGCCACACACAUCAUUACUAAAGCAAAGGUGGCUAUAAAAAUAGUGGAUAAGACCCAGCUGGACGAUGAGAACCUGAAAAAGAUCUUCAGAGAGGUGCAAAUCAUGAAGUUGCUGAAGCACCCCCACAUCAUCCGCCUCUACCAGGUGAUGGAGACGGAGAGGAUGAUCUAUUUGGUAACAGAGUACGCUAGCGGUGGAGAGAUAUUCGACCACCUGGUGGCUCAUGGGCGUAUGGCAGAAAAGGACGCCAGGAAGAAGUUCAAGCAGAUUGUGGCAGCAGUUCAUUUCUGUCACUGCCGCAACAUUGUCCACAGAGACCUGAAGGCUGAGAAUCUGCUACUGGACCACAACCUCAACAUCAAAAUCGCAGAUUUUGGCUUCAGCAACUUGUUUUCUCGAGGCCAGCUAUUGAAAACAUGGUGUGGCAGCCCUCCCUAUGCUGCACCAGAACUAUUUGAGGGAAAGGAGUAUGAUGGACCCAAAGUAGAUAUAUGGAGUUUGGGUGUGGUGUUAUAUGUGCUGGUGUGUGGUGCCCUGCCCUUUGAUGGCAGCACUCUACAAAAUUUGCGGGCACGUGUCCUCAGUGGAAAGUUCCGCAUCCCUUUCUUCAUGUCCACAGACUGUGAGUACUUAAUUAGACACAUGUUAGUACUGGAGCCCAGCAGACGGUUGACCAUGGAGCAGAUAUGUAAGAACAAGUGGAUGAGACAGGGGGACCCAGACCCAGAGUUUGACAGGUUGAUAGCGGAGUGUGAGCAGGUGAAGACCGAGCGAGAGAUGGAGCUCAUCAACGAGCAGGUGCUCAUGGCGAUGUGUGAGAUGGGCCUGGACCGAGAGCGCACACUUCAGUCCCUACAAACAGAUGCAUAUGAUCACUACAGUGCUAUCUACAGUCUGCUGGCUGACCGCCUCAAGAAACACAAGACCCUGCGUGUUGCUCCACCCACACCACGCUCCAUUAGCUAUCCUCUAAAUGCUGUGCAGCAGACAGACCCACAAGGUAAUCCUGUUAGCAUGACCGUUCCCCACGUCCAACUCAUCAAUCCAGAGAACCAGAUUGUUGAGCCUGAGGGCAGCAUGGCUCUGGACAGUGAUGAAGGGGAGGAGCCAUCUCCUGAAGCCAUGGCUCGCUACCUUUCAAUGAGGCGGCACACUGUGGGGGUACCAGACCAAAGGACAGAGAUGCAGGAAGACCUCCAGAAGCUACCAUCAGGUUUCCCUCGUGGCGCAUUGCCCCAGCCCCCUUUCAUCCCACUUGCCCCCACUAUGGGUCAAAUGCACACUCUCAUGCCCACACAGAGCCUGCAGCCCACACAGCAGCUGGAAUACAAGGAACAAUCAUUGCUACAGCCACCUACCCUGCAGCUGCUCAACGGCAUGGGGCCUCUGGGUCGAAGAGCUUCCGACGGCGGGGCCAACAUUCAGCUACACGCUCAGCUCUUGAAAAGGCCUCGAGGGCCCUCGCCACUUGUCACCAGCCCGCAUCCUAUCCCUGCAGUAGCUCCGGUGGAUGAGGAGGGUUCGGAUGGAGAGCCAGAUCAAGAGGCAGUACAGAGGUACCUGGCGAACCGCUCCAAGCGGCACACGACGCACACGCUCACGAGCACAUCGCAUGGCGAGCCCUCGGCAGAGUCACAGCGGCCCCAAGGCCCCCGCCAGCGGGGGUGCUGGGCCCCCGACAUACACACCCGAUCCAGCUAUAAGGACUGUAACACCCUUCAUCUCCCCAUGGAGCGCUUCUCUCCGGUCAGACGGUUCUCUGACGGGGCCGCGUCCAUUCAGGCCUUCAAGGCUCAUCUAGAGAACAGCAGCCUCAUUAAGCAACUCAAGCAGGAGUGUGAGCAGCUCCAGAAAAUGUACGCUGCUCAGCAGGAUGAGAAACUCCUGGAGCACACCCAGCAGCAGCAUAUCCUGUACCAGCAAGAGCAACAAAUCCUCCACCAGCAAAUCCAGGGUCUGUCUUUAGGCCAUGGAGAAAGCCAGCCCAGUCACCUAACCCACCAGCUUCAGAGGUUGCGUAUUCAGCCCUCCAGCCCUCCGCCAACACAGCCCAACAACCACCUCUUCAGACAGCCCAAUCAGAGUCCUCCGCCUGGCUCUGCAGGCCUAAUGCAAGGGCACGGUCAGUCAGCAGUGCAGUACCAACACGGUGCUCCAGCCAUGUACCAGGGCCAGAGUGGCAGCCCACCUUCCACAGGCCUUCCUCGAGUGUCUCUGCCAACCAAUCCACAAGCAGCAUCUGCCCGCCCUGCUGUCCCAUUGGCACAGGGUGUACCUCAACAACAGCAGGUGACCAUUCAGGUGCAGGAAGUGGAGCUGGGAGGUGGGGCACCGAGGCAGAGCAACUUUUUGCCCACGCCAGGCGCACACAGAGUCCUCGGGAAGCAGCUCAGCGCAGACAACGCCGAGUCGCACAGCCGCAGCCUUGGCCGCUUCACAUCGGGCUACGACCAGGCCCAGUUCAAUCCCCACCUCUACUCUGGCGACGCUGCCUCACGGGGCACCUCAGGCGUGGUUGGGUCUUACAGCCCCUACCUGCAGGGAGCCUCCCUUAAAGUCCCCGGCCUGGAGGGUUACCAAAGUGGGGCUGUGGGGACCAGCAGCUAUGGUGCCCCUUCCACACUACAGCAGGCCCUCCUCUCCCCAACUCCUUUGGACUACCGGCCCCCACAGCAGCACGUCACUCCCACCCUGCAGGGCCUCCUGUCCCCCCGCCACUCCUUAACAGGCCACGCAGAUCCCAGACUGCCCCCACAAGACCUGGCUGCCCUGCUGAAGAGGCAGAGCCCCCGGCCGUGUCCGGCACCCCCAACACCACCCAGUGGUGCACCACAAGAGUAUGGAGAUAUGUUGCUUCUCCGCCAGCUAGGCCAAGGAGAAAGCUUGGAACCACCGGUGCCUCAGGGUGCCUCUGGAGGGCAACACUACCACCACCUCCUCCAGAUCAGACCCACAGAGGUCCAGCAGCAGCAGGCACCGUGCCCCAGCUUACCUCACUCGGAAAGCAUGGAGGAGGAUGAGGUACCAGCUAGCUACCAUCACCCACACGAAGGUCUUCUUGCCAAGGCAGGAGACGGACAUGAGCUCCUGGGGCCACCCCGAGGAGGCACCCCACCCUACAGCUCCCCUACACACAGGCAUGGUGGCUACAUAAGGACUGCCACAGGUAACAGAGAGUCUGAGCAUGUGGAGUGCAGGCCUCAAGGACAAGCCAUGGAGGUGCCUGAUCACAAUGAUGUGGGCUAUACGCGAGGUCCCCAGGGUGAGGUUUAUAGAUCCAGAGGACAGCUGCAGCGCCACCACACCAUCCAGACAUGUGAUGAUGCUUAUGAUCAGGCAGAGCCCAUGUCUGGGAUGAGCCUGUUGGCUGGGAAGGCACUAAGCUCCGCACGCAUGUCGGACAUUCUUAGCCAGACAUCGCUGACAGGAAGCCAGCAGCUACACCAGCGGGAAGAAUCAGUGUGCGAUGUUGAAGGGGAACUCCAUGCGGCAGCUUGCUAUCCCUCCUCCUGCACCAGUGACAUGCUCCUUAGCUACAAACCUCCUGACCUGCCGUACAGCAUGGAGCAGGCUGGGGUCUAGCACAGGGAGAGGUGUAUCCUGUGUCCAUCGGUCCAUAUCAGCCAUCCUGAGUUGUGUUGACUUGAGUUGAGCAGCAUCAUGCCAAACCAUCGUCGUCUGCCCAAGCAGGGGCGCUGUGUGUCCAUCUGUCUGUCUCCAUCUGUCCCCUUGGGAGGGCAGUCUGCACGAGAGAGGGUGUGGGUGUGUGUGGUGGGUGGGUGUGCGUAGACAAUAGAGGGAUGAGGGUCUCAGGUGGGGCCUCUGGGUUCAAAGGUUGAAGUGCCAGCAUUUUCUGCACAGACAUCCAGCAUUCAUUCCCGCAGGUUGUCUCCUCCUCACAACUCCCAUCGUGGGUAGACUGGGGCUCCACUCCCCCUCCACCCCCACCCCCGCCUCUUCCCCCUCUACAAACCUGGCCCGCGCCACUCACCCCACACCCACCUGCAGCCCUGACCCAAACCUCCCCUUUCUUCCCUUGGCAUACUUCAUUAUGUGCCUCACUGGCCGAUGCAUUGAUACAGUAAUACUUGCAAGAACGUGGAGUUCAAUGACACAAAGAAACGUCCACACUGCUGCCACAAACCCAAAGUAUUCACAUUAAGUGCGAACGUGUGUGUGUGUGUGUGUGUGUGUGUGUGUGUGUGUGUGUGUGCGUGUGCAUGCAUGUGUGUGACUGAAUAAAAGGGGUGAUGAAGUUCAGCCUGCUCCUUCCUCUCUCACAUCCUCCUGCUGACCUGCAGCGGGUCAUUCCGGAGUGGGCUGAAAUCUCAGCGGCGGCCGCCCCUUAUUCGGCCAGUCGGUGGGUGUUUUGGGUCAGGCUCCAACUGGGCAACAAAACCGCUCUAUCCAAAGAUGGAGCUCAGUGACAUCGCACAGGACAAACCAGCUCUAAUUGUUUCAAUUUUUGUUCUUUUUCUGGCAUUGAUUUGUUUUAUUUUUUUUUUUCAUUUUAUUUUAUUUCUUAUUUUAAAAUUCAUUUUUACAGCUAAUGUCCAUGUUGGCAUUAUGGUCAAUAUUGUUACUCUUAUUGUUAUUAUUGUUUUCUGUAAAAGAUGUUUUAUUAUGAUGAUUGUUAUUAUUAUUAUUAUUAUUAUUAAUAUUAUUAUUAAAGGAAAACGGUUCUGUGUUGCAAGGAAUACAACAUUGUUCUUUGACUUAAGUAAUUCAGCACUUUCGGUUCCAGCUUUCCUCUGUCUGCUUCCACUCUCCCUCACAGUUCCUCGCUCUCUCUCAUACUGUCAGCCUGCUUUUCAGUCCCCCCACCAAC